UUUCUUGGUCGUACACUUCCGGAAAGUUUACUAACUGCUUCUGCCUCACUUUCUACUGGGUUUAUUCCGGAUUUGGACCUGUUUUAAUUUAUUUUUAAAUUAAAAAAAUGAGUGAAACGAAACUAAACGAGUCAGUUCCAGCUGAAGACAGCGCGGAGGAAAAGGACUGGGCUGCGGCUAAAGCUUUUUUUGAUAACCUCAAAACUCAAAAACCAAGACCUCCUAAACCCCACUUUGCUGUCACCAUCGCCGUCUCCUCUCGGACUCUCUUCAACAUGGUGGAAGAGAGGAAGAUCUACGAGGACGAGGGGCUGGAGAAGUAUGUGGCUUAUCAGGUGGAACAUGAAAACGAGCCUUUAAAGCCAGGAGCAGCUUUUCCCUUCGUGAAGGCACUGAUGAAUGUCAACUCUCGGCUAAGGGAGCUCUACCCAGACAGUGAGGAGCUGUUCGACAUUGUUUUAAUGACUAACAACCAUGCCCAGGUUGGAGUCCGCCUCAUAAACAGCAUCAACCACUACGAUUUGACCAUCGAGAGAUUCUGUAUGACAGGAGGGAAAAGUCCUAUCGGCUACUUGAAGGCCUACAUGACCAAUCUGUACCUUUCCAAGGACUCCGAGAAAGUCACAGAGGCCAUAGAGGAAGGCAUCGCUGCAGCUACCAUGUUUAUGCCGGAAAAGGAGACGGAGCUGAGCGACACUCAGCUGAGGGUGGCGUUUGAUGGUGAUGCUGUCCUCUUCUCAGACGAGUCAGAGAUCAUCGUAAAGAAACACGGCCUGGACACUUUCUUUGAGCAUGAGAAGGAGUUUGAAAACAAACCUUUGGCUCAGGGCCCUUUGAAGUGUUUCCUGGAGGCUCUGGGGAAGCUCCAGAAAAAAUUCUAUGCCAAGAAUGAGCGUAUGAACUGUCCGAUCCGUACCUUCCUGGUCACAGCCCGCAGCGCCGCCAGCUCAGGAGCUCGAGUCCUGAAGACUCUCCGCAGCUGGGGCCUGGAGAUAGACGAGGCCCUCUUCUUGGCUGGGGCUCCUAAGGGGCCCCUUCUGCAGAAAAUUAGACCUCACAUCUUCUUUGAUGACCAGAUGUUCCACAUUGAGGGCGCUAAGGAACUGGGAACCAUUUCUGCACAUGUACCCUACGGUAUCGGGCAGAAGUAUCACAGAGGGAAACUCGUUGAACCUGAGAAGGAAUAACUUAAUGAAUUAGGAUACUUUAUAUGCACUACACUGUCAUCUGCAUAGAAAGAUAUUUGCUACAAAAUAAAAUGUAUCAAAAAAAAAAAAUCUUUAAAAUAGGAAUUGCAAUAUUUUUGAGGAACUGGGUAAUGGAUUGAUUACACAGCCUACAAAGUUGUAUAUGUUUUGUCAUUUUUAUACUGGAUUUUCUCUAAGCAAGGGUCUUGAUAGUGGUUGGGGAAUGUAUUUUCUAAAGUUGCAUAGAUGUACACUUUUUCACUCUAUACUGAGAGGGACUUUCAAACUUGUAACCCCUGUGUGCCUUUUUAAACAGUCUGUGCACCUGUUAAUCUCCUUGUUUUCUGAUUGUCUUUGAAAGUUUUAAUACUUUUGUUUGAAUUUUAUACAAAGAUCAUUCUGUUUUAUAGACCUUUGUUUAGGUAUUAAAACGGUAUUACCAAGGUUGGGAAAGCAUCUGCUAUAGUUGGGGUUAUUUCUUCAAGGAGUCAUAGACUUAAAAUCACUAGUUAGUUAAAGAAAACACAUAAAAGUGUAACAUUUUGGGUUUCUUGCAUGCAUUUUGCACAUAGAAUGUCAAACAUAACUCCUUUUAAUAUCAUUUUAAUGUGAUGUAAUUUGGAUUAGACUUACACGGGAUCAUGAAUGCUGUCACUCUUUGUUACUGGCUUUGCCGUUGUUGCGCACAAACUGUAUAAAUCAUUGACUUUAUAUUUGUACUUUAACCCCUAUUUUCAAGUUCUGUUUAGGUUUUUGACUCCUUUACAUUUGAUUGUGAUAUUAGGCAGCCCAUUAUAACUACGUUUUUCUACCAGGUCACUGUGUUUUAUUUUGACCUCAUUUGUUUUUACCAGUUUACAUUGUAAGAUAGUUCACACAGUUACAUGGGCAGUUUGCAUUUCCAUUUUACAUUUGCAAUUGUUAAUGUCAUCAAGUUUGCAUUUCUCCAUUCAGAUUGUCAUGUUUUGCAUUAAUAGAAUUCAUAUUUUGGCAAAAAAUAAAAGACAUAUUUGAUUUUC